CGUCGAAGUGUUACUAGCCACACCACUUAAAGCCUCCUCCUGGCUAGCACCAGCUUAGCCACGCACCUCUACGUCAGAGCUGAGUAUUGAAGAUCAACACAGAUAUCGUUUAUUUACUCCCUGCUUUUUGGCUGCUGUCUGACAUCUGUUUGGUACAACAGCAGACGGUAUAUCCAUAGAGAAUGCCGUCUCGUCUCUAUUGACAGCUUUAAUUCUCCCUUCCAGCGUCGCUCGCUCGCCCGUCCUUCUUUCCCGCCUGCAAGCGCAAUCCGUGAACCAAAGAACCAGAUAAUUCAGAUAACCCAGCCAUGGCGUACGUGAAAGAUGCCCCGGGACUGCGAAGACAUCUUGAGAGUCUUCCGGCUGCAGAGCGCGAGGCCGCUGUGAAGCCGUUCCUGAUGCCGCCGCGAGUCCGCAAGUCCUCCGUCCGGAGCCGCAAGGCCAGCUCGAAACCCGUCCGGCGGUUCCUGCGCUCGAAGCUCUACUAUCUCUUAUAUUUCCUCAUACACAUCAUCUUCAGCAUCUACUCGCGGAUACGCCAGAGCUACUAUGCGGUUGUGGACCGGGUGCUUGCGAUUCUGUAUUAUCACCAUCGGACGCCCGAGCUGAUCCGCAAGGAUGUCAGGGGAUUGGACCGGCUGCCAGAGCAUCUCAGCGUGGUGCUGACACUCAGACGAGAGGAAGACGCCCUGGAGACGCUCAUGGACGAGGUUGCUGAGCUGACGGCCUGGAGUUCGUGUGCCGGGAUACCUGCGUUGAGCAUCUACGAGAAGACAGGGAUCCUGAAAUCACAUAUUCCAGCUCUACACCGGAUUAUCACUAGCAAACUCGACACCUACUACGGGCCUCCAUCCCAUCAGCCUUCCCUAGGCGUCUUUGCACCUCACCAUCCACUCUACGCUCCGAAACUCGUCCCUCAAGCAUCAAAAUCAAACGUCGAGAACAUAACUGUCCUUCUUCUUUCGAGCACAGAUGGACGGGAAACUCUGGUCGACCUCACCAAGACCCUAGCAGAAAUGGCACAGCAUGGCAAGGUCUCACCGCAGGAUAUCGGUAUUAAGCUGAUCGAUGCAGAACUUGCUGAGAUGAUGACCAUCCCAGCAUCCUCACCACAGGAUCCUGGCAGCGAGACCAAUGGCACUGAUUCCCCUUCUGGAAGCCUGCCAGCCCCAUUGAUCAAGGCAGAGCCCGAUCUCAUCCUUAUCUUUGGGCCUUAUGUCAAGCUGGACGGGUACCCACCUUGGCAGAUCCGAUUAUCAGAGAUAUUCUGCACCGGAGACCACACCACUGGCAUUGCCGGUGAGGUCGAAGCUGUAGAGUAUCAGAGAUUCAUAAAGGGGCUGUGGAAGUACGCCAGAGCCGAGAUGAGGUUCGGACGAUAGAGCAUCGCUUUCCCUCUCUGCGUCAUGAGACUCCCCCCUUAGAGGCGUUGAUGUUGCUA